AUGGUCUACUACAUUCAAUUUUUGAAGACCCCGAGGGUUCAGCAGAAGAAAGGCUCCCUUUUCAUCACCGCGCUUAUUUGCAUCACCACAGACCUGGGGGAUGAUUUCCUCGCCGAAGAUGUCGAAUUGAUUGUGUCUUCAAUUCAGAAGCCUCCUGGAUUUGAACAAAAAGUUACAUGGAAAGCUGGAAAUCGGGAACUAGCCAUUAACUUGGGACCUCUUCCUUCGGCUUUGGUUCAGCAGUCCAUGCAGCUGAGCGUCAAACUUCAACCCGAGGCCACUGAGGAUAAAUCCUUAGUGCCAUUAGUUAUGGCUGCCACCAGUGCACCAUUUGGGCUCAAGUUGCCUGCAGAAAAGCUGGUUCGUAGAGAUGGACCACACGAAGGCUUGAAUAUUUGGGAAGAAACUGGUAAUAGCAUUGCCCGGCACAUAUGGGACGCGGGCCUCGCUUCAGUGAUAUACUUGCAGAGGACCCUGGACGAAAUAAAAGCUACGACUGGCAGACCAAAACACAAACAAGCAGACUCAACAAUACCCGCCUUGACUCGGCUUUUAUCAACUGUUCGCAGCUCACCUCUCCAAGUGGUCGAAUUAGGGGCAGGAUGCGGGAUAGUAGGCAUUGCCUUGGCAAAUAUGCUGCCCAACUGCUCAGUCCUACUCACGGACCUCCCUGAGGUCGAGUCGAUAAUAACACGGAACAUUGAAGAGGCUAAGACAGCGCCACAGUCCAAUAUUGAAUACCAAAACCUCGACUGGGACAACCCCCCGGAUGACCUCUGCAGCCGGCCCAUUGAGUUAAUACUGGUAUCGGAUUGCACCUACAACGCAGAUAGCUUGCCCGCACUAGUCAAUGUGCUGGACCGAUUGGUUCGGACAUCACCGGACGCAAUUAUCCUGGUGGCUCUGAAAAGACGACACGACAGCGAGACCGUCUUUUUUGAUCUGAUGGGAUCUGCCGGGUUUACAGCUGUGAAGGACAGUAUGCAGCUCCCUUCACAACAUGAUCAGGUAGAUGAGAUUCAGUUUUAUUGCUAUAGUCGCACAUAA